AUGUGGACGAAAGAAAAGGAUCACUAUUAUCAUUUGAUCAAUUCUGCUUUACUGGAAGACGAUCAUCAAGUAUUAGAUGAUAAUGUACAGUUUAUAUUGAGUUUACAGCAUGUUAUAAAAUCCAAUUCACAUCCAAGUCAUACAAAAGUUUAUCGUGGUUUAGAACUAGAUGACGAAAAGGUCAAAGAAGAAUAUAAAGUAGGUACAACCUUUUUGUGGCCCACAUUCACGUGCACAUCUAAAAGUAAAGAACAAGCUGGUCAGUUUGGACAUUACCUAUUUGAAAUUGAUAUUCCAGGUGAAGGUACCACAUACUGUUGCGAUAUCAGCCAGUAUUCUGACUUUCCUCAAGAAGAAGAAAUGUUAUUUUAUCCUUACACUGGUUUUCGAGUAAACCAAAUACUACAGGAUGAAAAAUUAAUUAAGCUAACCUGUGUGGAUACGUCGACAAUUGAAGUAGAAAAUGAAAAACUUAUUCCCGAUAAAGUGAAAAUCUAUGAUCAAUCCAGAAACAUAGCACCACAAUAUAAAGAUAGUGAAGAUGCCGUACAGAAAGACAAUCGAUUGGUCUCAUUUGCUGCCUUGCUAGCCGAUGCAACUAUUGUGCUUGUUAAAGGAGAACAGGAUAAAGCAGUAAAAGAUGUUUUACCCAUUGUUAUGUUAGCUUAUCAGCGAUCAAAAUUAGCCGAAACAUUUGGUGAAGAGUUAGCAUCGAUGAUUCUUGGAAACUCAUUUCGAUCAUUACAAAAUAAUGGCAAUGAUGAGAUCGAUAAUACGGAAACAGCAAAUUAUAGUAAUAUAACAUCAUUUGGUGAUUUUAGCAGCGAUGUAGGAGACAUUCUAGGUGAAGCGACGGAAGGUGCACCACCAGAAGAUACGCCAAACACUGCAUAUGGGUUACACGUUAUGGAACUACGAGAAUAUAUUCAUAAACGUGUUACAACAUCGUCAUCAGGUAUAUCGGGAUUGCCAUGGAAAGCAUGA